CAGCCAAGGGCCCCGUUGCCAGUUUAAUUGCAGUCGCGGCCGCGGCGAAGGAGGCGCCGAGCGCUCCCGCCCUCCUCCUGCCUGCAACUCCCCCUCCACUGUUUCCCUGCGAGUUGACUCGGCACUGUACGCGCAGAGCCUGAACCCGGGCCCGUCCCGCUCGUCCCGCCGCCGUCAUGGACAUGAAGAAGCGGAUCCACUUGGAGUUACGAAACCGGACCCCGCCGGAUGUCAAAGAGCUUGUUCUUGAUAACUGCAGAUCAAACAAUGGCGAAAUUGAGGGACUCUCAGGAGAGUUUGUGAACUUGGAGUUUCUCAGCUUAAUAAAUGUUGGACUGGUCUCUGUCUCGAAUCUCCCUAAACUCCCCAAAUUGAAAAAGCUUGAACUCAGUGAGAACAGAAUUUCUGGAGGCCUUGAUGUAUUAGCAGAAAAACUUCCUAACCUCACACAUUUAAACCUCAGUGGAAAUAAACUGAAGGAUAUUGAUACUUUGGAACCAUUGAAAAAGUUGGACUCUCUGAAGAGCCUUGACCUGUUCAACUGUGAGGUAACAAAUCUAAAUGACUACCGAGACCGUGUCUUCACACUUCUUCCACAGCUCACCUAUCUGGAUGGAUAUGAUCAGGAAGAUAAAGAGGCUUCUGAUUCAGAUGCUGAAGUAGAUGGUUUUUUUGAGGAAGAUGAGGAAGUAGAUGAUGAAGACGAAGAUGAUGAAGAUGAGGAUGAGGAUGAGGACGAGGAUGGUGAGGAGGAAUCACUUUAUGAUUUGCUUGAGUAUGAAGGAGGACAAGAUGAAGAAGAUGAAAUUAGUGCAGAGGAGGAAGAGCUUGGACGUGAUAGUGAAGAAGAAGAUGAUGAAGAGGAGGAAGAGGAAGAAGAGGAGGAAGAGGAAGAUGAAGAGGAUAGUAGGAAAGGUGAAAAGAGAAAAAGAGAAACAGAUGAUGAAGGGGAUGAAGAUGAUGACUAAAGUCUUCUGUGUCCCCAAAGGACUGUUCAGUAUUUCUUGGGCUACCCCUUGGAUGAUCUGUGACUUGAGGAGCACGUGUGGCGCACCUGUAGUUCUCCCCCUCCAAGCGCAGCACUAAAAAGAGCCAAAGAGUCGGCUAUUCCUGUGACAUUCCAUGUACCCUGCAGCUGCUUCCUCCAGGUGGUUACAGAUCUAGCCCUCUUGGGCUAGCACCUUCACUUAUCCUCUUGGGGUUCCCAGGCCUUCAUCUCUUCCCAUUGCCCUAACAAGAAGAACAAGUGUGAUGGGUCAGUCCUGGCUAUAGGGACUCCACACUACCCACUGACUGGACUUCCCUUUUUACUCUCUGUGCAACAAGGCUUUGUAAAUAGAGUCCUAAAGUUUUGGGGACUGUUCUUCAUGCUUUGCUUUCCCUGCCUUCCUUUUCCUUUUCUAAGCCGUUGGAUAUUUUUUACAUUAGGAUGUUUUAUGCAACAACAGAAAAAGUAUUUUUAAGAACUUGAAUUAAAUAAACGUUAUUUGAUAAACUAAUCUUGCAGUUAUUAUAUUCAGAGAAAUCUGAAAAUGUGCCUUUUUUUUUUUUUUUGCUUAAAGUUAGUACAGACAGGGAUGUGUAUACUCUGCGUUGUGAAAUAAAACUGCUUCAACAGCAGAAGCUGGAUUCUUUGAUCUAUGAAAGUUCCUUAGGUUAUGUAAUUUAUUUUGCAUCAGCUAGGCAAGUAAAGAACACAGGAAGCCCUGAUUCUUCCUUCUCCCCAGUCUCAGAGACUUGAGUAUUACUAUGCACUUCACAGCAUAAGUAAGUUUAGAAUACUUUUACUUUUGAGGUUAAUGUGCUUCCUGGUUGCUGAGUGACCAAUACUAAGCUUGAAAGAUUUUGGGUGUUCACACAGCCUUGAGUCUAGGUUUUUAUUUAGAUGUGUUACUUCUUAUUUAAAUAUUAUUGAUUGUAGUGUAUUUAAUGAUGUAUUUUUAUAACUAUUUUGUAUAAACAUUUCAAACAGCAGAUUGCUUUUUCCACCAGUUACCACCUUUCUUCAGCAUGUCCCAGUAAGGACCAGCUCCAUUACUACACUAGCAGUGGUCACAAACCCCAAUUUUCUUUUGCACAGCCAUGCUAACAUAUAAUCCUAUGCAUACAGGAUAGUAGUAGCCCUUAUUGUGCCCAGAGGAAUUUGCUUCUGGUACAUGUGUAAUGGAUUGUGACUUAAUACCCAUGUUUCAAUGCUUGAUAGAAAUAAUACAUUCAGUAGUAGCACAUAGUUGUUAGUGCUAUUCUGAUCAAAAGCUGAAUUUUGGAAUUUGUUUAAAAGAAAUAUCAGAGGAUGUAUUUGCAAAGCUGCUUUUUUGCAACCCUGCAAAUCAGUGGUUGUGUUGUAAGGAGAGGUUCUAAAUCCAGCCUUACUAAAAAGCCAUUUGAUGGAAUUUCAGCUUUAAGGGAAAAAGAGAUAUGUACAUGUUUUAAAGCUGUUGAUGUGCCACUGGUGAUUUUUGGCAUGCUUGGUUAAACAAUAGCACAAUGCUAUUGUGGACUUGUAACUGUAGAUUUGGUUACAUGGUUGGUAUAGGUAUUAACAAUGCUUAGCUUUGCCAAGAUCAUUCCGUGUAUUUAUUGAGUACAAGCCUUGUCAUUCUUUCAUAUGGGGAUGUGUCCACAAUGACAUUUCAAUUUCCUUGCUUUUAAAUUACUGUAAUGGAAAAGAAAUACCAUCACCCAUAUAUCUUUAAAUAUAGUUAGGCGCUAUUUAAUAAAGCAUAAUCAGUUUGC